AUGAGGUGCGAUAUAUAUGUUUUUUUCAAAUGCGAAGGUCAAAGUUCAAAGGUAACCGUUUUGAAUUGUCUCCCCACCGAACCGUUUUAUUCGACUUGGAUAGGAGAGAGAGAAUCGGAACGUUACGAUGUAAGACAAAGAACGAGAGAUUCCAGUUCGAUUUUGGAUAAAAAUAUUCCAAAGACCGGAAAUGAAGAAUCUCAAAGAUUUCCAAUUUUCGAAGAAGGAACGACAAGAAGAAGGGAUGAAAUCGUCGGCGUACCUGAAAUUUUUACAACACGCGCUUCAAAUAACGAUGAUGACGUUGGUGAUAUAUUAAUGACGUCACAAAUAAAAAAAACAAGUCGAAGUCAAGAGGGAAAUGAUGACGUACGUUCGAUGAUACCCGUAGAAGCCUUACAAUAUUCAGGAUCCGAUAAUAAAAAAACCGGAAAUGAUGAUAAUAAUAACAACAGAACGUAUUCUAGUCGUGUUAAUUGUGAAAUAGUUGUUGCUAAUAGAAAAAAUGAAAAAGUUUCGAGAAUCGGUGGAGGGGGUGAAGAAAACGAAUAUAAAAUUAAAAUGAACGAUGAUGGCGAUGGCGAUGGCGAUGAUGAUGAUGAUGAUGUGGAAAAAGGACAAGGGAAAAUCCUAAAUUUUGAAAAUAAUUCGAGAAAUUUCCGAAGAGGAAAUACAAGAAAAGGUGGAACGAAUGCGAUAUCGACGACGGAAAAAACAUCGAGAAAUCCAAAUCAAAAGGGUGGUAGUAGUAAUAAUAAUAAUAAUAAAAGGGUGAGACCGUCUAAACCGAAUCAUCAAAAUAGUCAAAUAGUAUUUCCGGAUGGUGGGUACCCGAGACAGAAAUUCACUCCGAGAGGUAUAAAAUGUGGUAAAAAAACGACGUAUUGCGAACAUGUCGGCGACGAUUAUCCCACAGAAUACAUAAAUCAAGUGUUGAAAAAAGAGGGAGCCAUGUUUAGGGAUUUUUUUGGUAAAGACGUGAUAAGCGAUCCGAACAUAACGGAAAGAAUUCACGCACCGGAAGAAAAUUCAUUAUGUCCGAUACGACAGGAAGUUGUUUUUCCAAGAGCUGCUAAAAACAAAGAUGACAAAUGGUUGUUUGUCGUCAAUCAAGAUCGUUACGUUCAGGGUGUCACGGUCGAAGUUUGCCUUAAUCCUGGAAAUAGGUGCACUUUAACGGAAGGUUUUCCAUUGGGUUACGUACCUUAUUGCAAACAGAAAUACAUUGAAAGAAGAUUGGUCGCCAUAGGGGAGGAUGGAAAACCUCACACGGAUUCAUUUAAAUUACCAUCGUGUUGCGCAUGCGUCGUAAGACACGAAACAUCAUCGAGAAUGGCAUCGUUACGAUCGAAAAGAAAUUUAAAACCUGGAAAAGAAGAGAUAAUAACAUAA